UUCCGAUUUUUCCGUCAACGGAAGUACUAAUAUCGAGCUAUCCGAUUCAACGACGAAAACAUGGCGUUGAAAAUUUCAGAUAUUUUACCUGCACCUACGCAGAGAAUAUAUGAUCGAGAUGAUGAAGAGAGACAGAUUCGUUCACAGAUGCAGUUAACCCCAGUGAUCAGCAACAGAACAGCACCUCCAUAUGGACACAGAAAGGGAUGGAUUCCAAGGUCACAAGAGGAUUUUGGAGAUGGUGGUGCAUUUCCAGAGAUUGCUGUUGCUCAAUAUCCACUUGGUAUGGGACAGAAGAAGAGCUCGUCCAAUGCUUUGGCUGUACAGUUAGAUGCUGAGGGGAAAAUCAAGUAUGAUGCUAUUGCCAAAUAUGGACAUGGAAAAGACAAGGUGGUUCAUUCAAAAUUUCAAGAUCUUGUACCUAAACAAAUAGAUGAAGAUGACCCGAGUUUUGAACGGCCAGAUGAAGAAAGUAUUCAAGAUAAUACAGAGAAAACAAGACUGGCUCUAGAAAAACUUGUGUCAGGAAAGAUUGCAGCUGCAAUGCCAGUACGAGCUGCAGAGAAACAGGCACCAGCGCAGUAUAUCAGGUACACUCCGUCACAGCAAGGUGUGGCCUAUAAUUCUGGUGCUAAACAAAGAAUCAUCAGAAUGGUUGAAGCACAGAAAGACCCAAUGGAGCCACCAAAAUUUAAAGUAAACAAGAAGAUACCUCGAGGACCGCCAUCACCUCCAGCACCUGUGAUGCACUCUCCUAACAGAAAGGUGACAGUCAAGGAGCAACAGGAAUGGAAGAUUCCACCAUGUAUUUCCAACUGGAAGAACGUUAAAGGUUAUACCAUUCCUCUUGAUAAGCGUUUGGCUGCUGAUGGUAGAGGUCUCCAAGGUGUUCAUAUCAAUGAAAACUUUGCUAAAUUAGCAGAAUCCCUCUAUAUUGCUGACAGAAAAGCACGUGAAGCUGUAGAAACUCGAGCACAGACGGAACAGAAAAUGGUACAGAAGGAGAAAGAAAAGAAGGAAGAACAUUUAAGACAGCUUGCUAUGAAAGCACGUGAAGAGCGUGCAGGAAUACAUAGAGCAAAUGACAAAGAUGAUGAAAUGGCCGACAGAGAGGAGAUCAGACGGGAGAGACAUAAAGAGAGACAAAGGGAGAGAAAUCUCGCUAGAGCUGCCCCUGAUAAAAGGUCACGUCUCCAGAAAGAUAGAGAAAGAGAUAUCAGUGAGAAGAUAGCUUUAGGUCUACCAAAUACUGGUGGCGGACAGCAAGAUCAGUUUGACUCCAGACUAUUUAAUCAGUCAAAGGGUAUGGACAGUGGUUUUGGUGAUGAUGAAGGCUACAAUGUGUAUGACAGAGCAUGGAGGGCGGACAAGGAUGCUGCCAGUCACAUAUACAGACCCUCAAGAAACAAAGAUAGAGACACAUAUGGAGAUGAUUUGGACGAACUUAUUAAAACAAACAGGUUUGUUCCAGACAAGGGAUUUACAGGAGCUGACUCGAGUCGGCGACGCGAUGGACCUGUUCAGUUUGAGAGACAUGAGGAGGAAGAUCCCUUCGGUCUCGAUAAGUUCUUGAAAGAAGCUAAAACAGGACAAAAACGUGGCAUUGAUGAUUCACGUUCUAGUCGGGACUAUGAAAGAAAGAAAAGACGUGAAUAGUACCUGCAAUAGUUAUUACUGAAUGUAAAAUGUAUUGGCAAUUAAAGGGUUUUGGAAAAAAACAAGUUUAUCUCAGGUUCACUAGAAAAACUGUAACUGAGAUGAUUGUGAGUCUUGUCAGUGUUUACAGGGAUACAAGCUUAACUAGAAGUCAGCUUUGGAGAGAUAGGGUGGGGUGGGGGGGGGGGGGAAGGGUCAGAUAAUAUGCUUUACAGAGAUGAUACACUGAUAAAACCUUACAGAUAUUAAAGUUGGCUAGCAGAAUUUUGAAAAAAAAGUUUUUAACCAGACACUACAAAUAUCUCUCUGUUUGAGAUGAAAUAAUGCCCCAAAGAGCACCAAGGAAAAGCUGGAAAAGUCGCCACGUAAAUAAACCAAAGAAUAGCUUUUGCAAAGAAAAAAUAUUUUAAGUCUUACCAAACACAUGUACCACUGUUGAUAGUUGAGGGACGGGUUUAAAAUAAGAAAUUGAGAAGCAGUACAGAAAAUAAACACCUAAAGACAAAUAGCGUUUUGAUGACUAUUUAUUUUGCUAGAUAAUCAUGGAAGAAUGAACAGCUGUGCAAAUUACUAGUUAAUAUUUGGAGAAUCUUUUAUUUCUGUCCUGUUUAUAUGUAACAGAAAUUAGAUUUCCCUGAACCUUAGAGACAGGUUGCAACUGUCUUGAACCUUUACACUCUGUAUUGUGUACAGAAAAGUUGUACCUGUAAGGAUGUAAUUUACAAAUGUGUUGUAGCAUAUUAUAAAGUGUAUUGUAAAUCUCAUUGUUGAUAUGUCUCCUUUUAUCAUUGCUGUCAAUCCAUUUAAAUCAUAUUUGAUUCACCAAAUGAUAAACUAAAUUAAAAUUUGAAUAGAAAGUUUA